AUGUCGUCCCCUGUUAGGCCUCGGCGCGCAAGGCGCACCGCCAUUAUUGAUUCUGACGACGAAGAAGAUGUUUCCAACCGCUCUAGAGUCCAAGACGAGGAAGAGGACUUUGAACCAGAGCCUCAACCACCCAGAAGAGCAACCAGAAGUGGGCGCAAGUCAACAACACCAGCGCCUUCUGUCGCUUCCACCCCUAAACCUCGAGGUCGUCCCAGAAAGUCUGCUACACCAGCCGCUACCCCGGGCCCCGCGACAGAUACCAGCGAGGUUUUCGAUGGCGAUUCGACAAUUAAGCCUGAGCCGAUGUCUUCGCCGGCCAUGCCUCCACCGAGGAAGCGCAAGAGUGUGGCUCGAAGCUCUAUCGCAUCUGCGUCUGAUAUUCCUCCCACACCGCAACCGAAACCUCCGAAAUCCCCAGAGUCUUCACAGAAGCCAAUGGCGGCUUUGGCCGACAUUACCGAUUCCAGUAUGAAUACUUCGAAUGCCGACGAUACGCAGCCUAUGAUUAAGCCAAUCAAACCCAUGGAUACCAUCAUGGAAAAGCCCAUGGACAUUGUGUUGAAGUCACGGACCAUGGUCAUCCCCGCUGUUGAAGACACUACACCAAAGCCGAGAAUUGUCCUGACGCAUCUUAUUCUCGAAAACUUUAAGAGUUACGCUGGCCGACAAGAAGUCGGUCCCUUUCAUGCAUCGUUCUCCUCUGUGGUGGGACCCAACGGUUCAGGAAAGUCAAACGUUAUCGACUCCCUGCUCUUUGUCUUCGGUUUUCGAGCUAGCAAGAUGCGACAGGGCAAGAUUUCCGCUCUGAUUCACAACUCCGCUCAGCACCCGAACUUGGGCCACUGCGAGGUUGCUGUCUACUUUCAGGAGGUUAUGGACCAGCCUGGCGGUGGCCAUGAGGUGAUCCCCAAGUCCGAACUUGUCAUUUCACGAAGGGCUUUCAAGAACAACUCGAGCAAAUACUACAUCAACGGAAAAGAAUCCAACUUCACGACAGUCACAACUCUCCUCCGCGAUCGGGGCGUUGAUCUGGACCACAAGCGUUUCUUGAUUCUUCAGGGUGAAGUCGAGUCCAUCGCUCAAAUGAAGGCCAAGGCCGGCAACGAGCACGAAGAUGGUCUGCUCGAAUACCUUGAAGAUAUUAUUGGAACAUCCAAGUACAAGGCUCCUAUCGAAGAGUCCGCCACCGAGGUCGAAACCCUCAACGAUGUGUGCAUGGAAAAGAGCGGCCGUGUUCAACACGUUGAGAAGGAGAAGAACAGCCUCGAGGACAAAAAGGAUAAGGCAAUUGCUUUUAUCCGGGACGAAAACGAGUUGGCACUGAAACAAUCCGCUCUCUAUCAGCUUUUUAUCCACAAGUGCAACGAGAACCUUACAGUCACAGGAGAGGCAAUCACACAGAUGCAAGCACAGCUAGAUGCUGAGCUUGAGAAGCACCACGGCAGCGAGCAAAUCAUCAAGACCCUCAAAGAGGAGUAUGAUGUGGGUUCCAAAGAGUUCGAGAUCAAGUCAAGGUCAACACAGGCUUUGGUCAAGGAGAUGGCCAAAUUUGAGCAGGAGCGUGUCAAGUUCGACGAGAAGCGAAAGUUCCUCGAUGACAAGCGCAAGAAACUCGAGAAGACAAUUGCCAAUGCUGAAGCAACAUCAAUCGAAGCUGACGAAACCAUUGAGCAGUGUGGAGAAGAGAUCGAGACGCGGACUCAGGAAAUCGCCGAGCUUGAGCAACAGGUUCAGGCUGCUGAGGCUGAGCUUGUCCAAAUCAGAGACAGCCUUAAAGGCAAGACACAGGAAUUUUCUGAUCAGAUUGCGGCACUGCAGAAGUCUCUUGAGCCCUGGAACGAGAAGAUCAACCAGAAGCAAUCUGCUGCCGCAGUUGCUGAGAGUGAGCUCAACAUCCUCCAGGAAAAGGCCAAUGCUGGUGCCAUCGCUCUAGAGGACCUUCAAUCGAAGAUUGUCUCCAGUGAAGAAACCAAGUCUGCCAAGCGGGCCGAGCUCAAAUCUUGCCAGGCUGAGAAAGCAGAGCUUCUCAAAGAAGCAGAGAACAUGAAGUCUGAACUGUCGGUCCUUGCCGAGCAGGAGCCCAAGAUUCGCUCGAAGAUCUCAAAUGCGCGUCAAAAGGCUGAUGAAGCGCGCUCAAACUUGUCUAAUACACAGGUCAGAGGCAACGUGCUUUCUGCUUUGAUGCGCAUGAGGGAGUCAGGUCGAAUUGAUGGUUUCCAUGGCCGCUUGGGCAACCUUGGUACAAUUGAUCCCAAGUACGACGUGGCCAUCUCGACAGCUUGCGGUGCUCUCGACAACUUUGUCACCGAGUCUGUCGAAGCUGGUCAGCAGUGUAUCGAGUACCUCCGAAAGAACAACGUUGGACGAGGUAACUUUAUCUGCUUGGACAAGCUGAGAAGGUUUGAUCUUUCGCCAAUCCAGACUCCUGAGAACGCUCCUCGACUGUUCGAUCUCGUCACUGCCAAGGAGGACAAGUUCCGACCUGCCUUCUACCACGCCAUGCAGGAUACCCUUGUCGCCGCAGACCUUGCUCAAGCGAACAGGAUUGCGUAUGGUGCCAAGCGAUGGCGAGUCGUUACCCUUGCCGGUGAGCUGAUUGACAAGUCCGGUACCAUGUCCGGUGGUGGUACAACUGUCAAGCGAGGUCUCAUGUCUUCCAAGCUCGUCUCAGAUGUCAGCAAGGAGCAGGUUGCCAAGUAUGAGACUGACCGAGAUGGCUGGGAGGCAAAGUUCCAAGAAUUCCAGGAGUACCAGCGAGAGUGUGAAACUCGCCUCAAGGAACUGAACGAGAAGAUUCCCCAGCUCGAUACCAAGAUGCAGAAGAUCGGCCUCGAGAUCGAGAGCGCUGAGAGGAACAUCACCGACAUGCAGCGGCGCAUCAAGGAAGUCAGCAGGGAGCACCAGCCUUCUGCGACAGACAACAGCCGCAUUACCACUCUGCAAAAGGAAAUCGCCAAACUCAACAGAGACAUUGAGAGGCUCCGCGGAGAGACAUCCAGCGUUGAGGAAGAGAUCAAGACUCUGCAAAACAAAAUCAUGGAAGUUGGUGGUGAGAAGCUCCGUGCGCAGAGAACCAAGGUUGAUGCCAUCAAAGAAGAGAUUUCCUCCAACAACGAGGAAAUCUCCAACGCUGAGGUCCGCAAGGUCAAGGCGGAGAAGCAAAAAGUCAAGCUCGAAAAGGACCAUGCCAAGUCGUCCAAGGAACUUGCGGCCGCCUCUCGCGACCUUGAGAAGCUCGAAAAUGACAUUAACAAUCAAGGCGAGAGAGCCGAAGAGCUUCAGGCACAAGUUGCGGAGGCUGAAGAAGGAUUGGCCACCAAGAAGCAGGAGCUCAAGGCCCUCAAGGCUGAACUCGAUGAGAAGACAGACGAACUGAACGAGACAAGAGCAAUGGAGAUCGAGAUGCGGAACAAGCUUGAGGAGAAUCAGAAGGCUCUGGCCGAAAACCAACAACGACUUCGUCACUGGAAUGACAAGCUGUCCAAGAUUGUCCUACAAAAUAUUGACGACCUUACUGGUGGCUCAACCAAUGGCCACUCCAAGCCUCGAAAGCAGCCCAAGCCUCAGCAGAAUGAUGAUGAUGGAGACAUCGACAUGGAUGAUGCUCCUCAGGAUGAUGUAGACAUGACAGAUGCCCCCGAAGAAGAGGGGGAGCAGGAAGAUGCAGACGAAGAGGAAGAGGAAGAGGGUGAGGAGCAAAUGAAUGGGCAGCCUAACGAGCUUCCGAGAUACACCCCCGAUGAGCUUGCUGAUAUGAAUGAGAGGACACUCAAGGGCGAGAUUGCGGCUCUGGAAGAAAAGACCCAAAACGUCAACGUCGAUCUUGGUGUCCUUGCUGAGUACCGAAGGAGAGUGGAAGAGCACGCGGCUCGAGCCUCCGAUCUUCAGACUGCUAUUGAACAGCGAGAUUCUGCCAAGAAGCGAUGUGACGACUUGCGCCGCCUGCGCUUGGAAGGUUUCAUGGAAGGUUUCAGUGCCAUCUCCCUCCGACUCAAGGAGAUGUAUCAGAUGAUCACUAUGGGAGGAAAUGCAGAGCUGGAGCUUGUCGACAGUCUGGACCCCUUCAGUGAAGGUAUCCUUUUCAGUGUCAUGCCGCCCAAGAAGAGUUGGAAGAACAUCAGCAACCUUUCAGGUGGUGAAAAGACACUGAGCAGUCUGGCUCUUGUUUUCGCCCUGCACCACUACAAGCCAACUCCUCUGUAUGUCAUGGACGAGAUCGAUGCCGCGUUGGAUUUCAGAAACGUCUCGAUCGUCGCAAACUACAUCAAGGAGCGUACCAAGAACGCCCAGUUCAUCGUCAUCUCGCUGCGCAACAACAUGUUUGAGCUCGCGGCGCGGCUGGUGGGAGUGUACAAGGUCAAUCAUAUGACCAAGAGUGUUACGAUCGAGAACAAGGACUUUAUCGUGAGACCGCAAUCGCAGCAGCAAGCAUCGCAACGAAGCCAAGGGGGGAACACCGCCACGAUAUUGCCCUUUCGGUAG